ACAACGCUCCAUCCUAGUCAAAGUCACCUUCCGUAUAUACUACACACACAUGAUGAUUGGUGUUGCGUCGCCCGUUCAGCUGAUCGCAACCUGACGAUAACCAAAUGCGGCUCCGGUGACGGAACCCCAUGAGCGGCGCCGCCCGUUUCGUCGACGCCAGAGCCCGCCUCGUGUCCGUCAUCGAUGCCUGCCAUGGCGACCCCCGCCGCCUCAAGCGGGUCCUCGCGCGCGCCGUCGUCGCCGGCCUCCUCCCGGACCCCUUCGUUUCGGCCCGCGCUGUUGCAGCUGCAGCACCCUCCGACCUACCCCUCGCCUUCCUCGCCUUCCGCACAGCCGCCCCCCGCCCCUCCGCCUUCGCAUUCGCGGCCCUCAUCCGUGCCCACUCCGCCGCCCCGGACCCCUCCCCCGCGUUCUCCCACUUCGCCCUCAUGCUCCGCUCCUGCCUUUACCCCGACCGCUUUGUCCUCCUCUCCCUUGUCCGCGCCUCUUCCCGGCGGGCUGGCGCCUCGCGCGCCACAGCGCUGUCCCUCCAUGCCGUGGCCCUCCGACGCGGCCUCCUCGGCGACCUCCAUGUCGCGACUUCCCUGCUCCACACUUACGCCUCCGUCGGAUUGCUGAACGCGUCCGCGAAACUGUUCGACGAAAUGCCCCUGAAAACCACCAUCACGUACAAUGCCCUCAUCUCCUGCUGCGCAAAGUCCGCGUGGCACGACUACGGCCUCCACCUGUUUGCGGAGAUGAUCCUACACGGGACUCGCCUCAACGCUGACACAAUUGUCGCGGGCCUCUCAUGCUGCGCCGGACUCGGUGCUCUUGGACAUGGACGGAGCCUGCACGCUCUGGUCUUGCGCCGUCUUCCUCGUAUGACUCCAGAAGUGGGCACAAGCGUUCUGCACAUGUACACCAAGUGCGGCAGCUUGGAGGCCGGACGGAAGGUGUUCGAUGAAAUGGAGACUACAAGGGACGUAUCGGCAUGGACAGCCAUAAUCGGCGGACUGGCCACGCAUGGAUGCGGUGAAGAGGCCAUGGCAUUGUUCGAGAAAAUGACGGAGGAGGGGGUUGCACCGGACAGCAUGGCCUUCACCAGCGCGCUGCAUGCGUGCAGCCAUUGCGGCCUCGUCGAGGUGGGGAUUAAGCUUUUCAACGCGAUGAAGGGAGUCUACGGAGUUGAGCCGAGAAUGGAACACUAUGGAACGAUGGUGGACCUUCUUGGCCGCGCCGGGCGGGUGGAAGAGGCGAAGCGGGUUGUGGAGUCGAUGUCUUUCAAGCCUAACCGUGUCGUUCUGGGUUCUCUGCUCCAUGCUUGCGUCGUCAAUGGGGAGUCGAGGCUGGGGAAGCGGCUGGAGAGACAAUUGUUGAGAUCAGAAUCAGAAGCAGGGGAGGAGGAGGGAGGAUUCUUUGUAGGCGUAUCGAAUUUGUACGCUAAAGGUGGGAGGUGGAAUGAGGUUGGCUGGAUCAGGGACGAGAUGGUGGAGAGAGGGGUGAAGAAGGAGAAAGGGUUUAGCUUGGUAGAGGUUCAUGGCAGGCUGCACAAGUUUUUGGUGGGAGAUACGAGGCACCCAUUGACGAUGGAGAUGCACAGAAUGUUACAUGGAUUGGAUAGGGGAGCGAUGCUUGGAUGAUCAUCUAGGAGAGCAGAUAAACGAUAGCUGCUUCGAUACCUCAAACGCGGCAUCCGUACUGCAUCUCUUUCGUACCAAUAGUUUGGUGCACGGCAGAGACUUUCAGCCGCAUUUCAUCGAACAAUCUCUCGGCGGCACGGACGAUCCCAAAAGUUCGAAUGCAUCGUUACGAGGCGAUUGCAGCCUCAACCUCUUCAGCCUUUCGUUGUAGGACGACAAGUCGUAGAAGGAACAUGAUCAUGAAGAGGACGGUGAAUUGAUCCGCCCACGCGCCUGCUUCCUGCGUUCGACGGUUGGAGUCGACGGCUUCGGCUUCAAGCUCGGCUUGCUAAUGUUUACGUGACACCGCGACUGUUUUAUUAUUUUCCAAUCUUUGUUGGUGGGAAGGAAAAUUAAGUUGAUUUACAAAUAUUUUAUCAAAUCAUCAUGGAUCAAAAUUCUACUUUCCCCGUUA